AUGGAGUAUGAUGGGGCGGCCAUUUCUCUUGUUUGCUUUUUCCUUGCAGCAAAGGUUGAAAACGUCCACAUCUCAUUGGAGGAUAUCCUUGCCAAAAUCGGGCAGGCAAGCGCCUCUAAGCUUCCCCCUAUUGAUCGCCUGUUCCAGCUGGAAAUUGACCUUGCUAACACAUUGGAGUUCCAAUUUAGGGUCGAGCUAUUCUAUGAUGUUCUUUAUGGAUUUUCCCUGAUAUUGGCACCCACAUAUCCCACUAUUUUUGAUAUCCACGCAAAAACGCUAGAAAGGCUUGCUUUGGUUUACCAUUUGGCACCGGGAUGGUGGCUUUCUCAAACCAAUGGCGCAUUGCUGGGAAUGGCUGCACUCUCCAUUGAGCUGACUUUGGAGCAGAAGCUUUUGUUGGAAAAUUCGGUCGCCAAUUAUGGGCAAAAAAUGUGUCAAAUUGGAGAUGUUGUUGGGUUUUUACUGGAAUUAUCGUCAGAAAAUUCCAAAAAAGCAAAGGAUUUUGACUAUAAACGGAUAUCGCAACUCAUUUCUUCAUGCAAGCUGAUGGAGCAAAACAUGGAGACCUCCACAAACCCCCCUUAG